UGAGGAAGUAACAUAAGGGGAGGAAGUUUUUAUAAGAGGACGAACGGAAGUAGCGAGUUCGAAGAGUGAGAGUUGUUUAAUUAUGUACCGUUAUUUGUUUCGUUAGUUUAGGCCUAUCCCUUGGGGCGGUGGUGUCCCAGCUCUCCUAAGGCAGUCAGGCUUUUGCUUUGGGAGGAGGAAGGACAGGAACGAAGAGGAUGGCUGCGUGGAUGUGGCACAAGUUUUCGAGCUGGUUCUGGAACCCUGAUGUGUGGCUGCCCCCGAACUACAACUGGGAAGACCUCGUGCCCAACGACAAGAUUCGCUAUGCUAACUGGAGUGAUCUGUGGACGUAUCCAAUUUUCAUGGCAUUUUUAGCAAUUGGCCUCCGGUUUUUGGUGCUCAAUAAGCUUGUCUAUCGACAUAUAGCUCAGGCAGUAGGCCUGAGAAAUGUAAAGCCUCGUCCUGUGGUGCCUAAUGAGACUCUAGAACAAUUAUUCCUACAAAGCAAAAAGCAACCACCAGAAAAUGAAAUUUUUCAAUGUGCAAAACAAUUGCAGUGGACAGAACGCAAAGUAGAAAGAUGGUUACGGCAGAGGCAGGCCAUGACUCGUGUCAAUAAGUUCACCAAGUUUAUGGAGUGUGCCUGGCAAUGUACAUAUUAUACCUUCAUCUUUUUCUAUGGCUUAUAUGUGAUGUCAGAUAAGUCUUGGCUUUGGGAUAUCCGCAAUUGUUGGUAUGAAUACCCCAACCACAGUGUUGAUAUUGAUGUCUGGUGGUACUACAUGAUAUCCCUCUCCUUCUAUUGGUCUAUGACCUUCACACAUUUCUUUGAAGCCAAGCGCAAAGAUUUUUGGCAGAUGUUUAUCCACCACAUGGUCACUAUUGCACUCAUCACUUUCUCUUGGACCUGCAACCUAACACGGAUUGGAACAUUAGUCCUCAUUGUCCAUGACUGUGCUGAUAUCCCCCUCCAGUUGGCAAAAAUGAGCAUCUAUUCAGGGCACAAAGCUUUCUGUGAUGCAGUCUUUGCCAUCUUUGCUGUUAUGUGGAUCAUUACACGUGUUGGAAUAUACCCGCUCUGGAUUGUAUACAGCACUGCUAUUGAAGCACCAACAAUUUUGCCCAUGUUCCCUGCCUAUUACAUAUUUAACUCUCUACUCAUUGCUCUUUUGUUGUUGCAUAUUUAUUGGACAUACUUGAUUUUACGCAUCAUAUCAACAACAAUUACCAAGGGCAAUGUUGAAGACAACCGAUCAUCCUCAGAUCCUUCAGAAGUGUCUGAAGACAAUGAAGACGAGAAGAAGCGGAAUUAACAGUUGAGAAGAAAGGACCUCUAAAGUGGGCCAUAAUCAAACCUUUCAGAUUAUGUAAAAUUGCAUUGGAUUUGAAUCUCAUCCUUCAAAGGAGGCAUAAUUGUCAUAUACGCAAAUAAGUUGAAAAAUUUAUAAUGAAGUUUAUAUUGAAAUACUGGUCACUAAUAUAUUUUAUGGAUAUGUUUUUACAUCUUUGUAGGAUUCUCAGUAGAAUGACAUUGAUAUCUAUCAAAAUAUUUUUAUUGAUAGUCACAUGGCAAAUUUCACAUUAUGCUAUAUACAUAUGUGUGGAGGCAUCAUAUAACACAAUUUAUAAAAGUGUGGUUGGUAUAGUCUCACUAUUUCCACUUUGGGUUGAAUAAUAUGGGUAUGUAUGUAGACAAGUAGGAAGAAAAUAGAAAGUAGAUCCCUAAUUUAUUUAUGAAUACAUAUAGAUAUUUUUUGAAAAAGGAGGAUUAGCUGUGGUGGAUUAUGAAGGCACUUCAGUAAUACAUAAGAAAAUUGAAUAUAUGUAAAUGUGUAUAUCUGAGGAAUCUCAUUCACCAAGCAAAGGAAAGUUCAAUUUGUAAUCUCUCAUUUGUAAAAGUGCCUUUCAUAAAUCACACAUUGAGAAAAUAAUAGGUAUAAUUCCCGGUUUCAUAAAUUGGGCUAAAAAUGUUUCUGAUAUCAGAUUACAAAUGUAUAACAUGAGGUUGCUGAAGGCUUCCUUUAAAAUGUUUGUCACAAAUUGUAUGAUAUAAAGUUGAUCAACUUGUUAUUCUUUCAGUGCAUUGAAUGCAUUAGUAAAGACAAGAAUGUUCAUUGAAUAAGAACUGGUUGAUAAAAGCAAUUAUAUUUUACCACUGUGAUGCAGCUGUUGGUUACAGUCAUCUGCUAUUUUUUAUCUUCCCAUAAGUUUAUUGAUAGAUGCAAUCAGAAGUCCUUUUUAAAAGACAUUUCACACAUGAACACAACUUUUGAAGAAAAAGACACUUUUGAGAAGUUGCAGAUUUAUUCCUAUAACAAAGAGAGAAGCUUAGGUAGUGUGUUAGUUGGAUGGAUUAAUUUGUCUGAGAAACCAGAAACUCCUGAUGAUUGCUAAGCAGUUUUUCAGGGAGUGAACUUGGGACCAGUGAACUUAGUGCAAUUGUUUUAAUCACAAAAACAAACCCAGGUGAACUAAAGGGUAAAGUUGUUGAUCUAGAAGAACAUUGCCCAAGUGAACCUCAAGCUACUAGCUUAUUUUUAUAAAGGAAGGAUGUUCUCUGUUUCUACCUCUUAUCUCUACCUCUGCUUCCUCCACCUCCUCUUCUGACUUCUUUUCCUUCUCCUAUUCAUCUUCCCCCCCCUUUCCUCUUCCUCCUCCCUCCUCUCCCCCCCCCCAAUUUUCUUCUUCCUCCUCUUCCCCACCUCCUCCUCCUCCUCCUCCCUUUCCCUCCCUCCUCAGCCUCAUCAUUAUCAUCAUCAUCUUCAUUUGAGAUGCAAUGUGAUUGUCAUCUAUUACUGUCAUGUUGUAAUUCCAUGUUUGUUGUAAUGUUGACUGAAAUUCAUUGACAUUAUUGAUUUCUAUGCAGUACUACCUUUGACUUUCAAUUUGCACUUCUUUUUGUUUUUGAAUUUAGAGAUUUUAUUUUUCCACCUGAGAACAUACUGGGAGAAGGAACAUUGUUAUAAGAUUUGUUAAAAUUCUUGAAGGUGUUGCUGAUUUACAUCUAAAAUAUUAUUAGGUUCAUUUUUGUUGGCAUAUUUUAUACAGCUGAUGAUUUAUUUUGUUUUCAUUUAUCUUCACAGAAGUUAUGUUUUAUUUAGUUGGAAGAUUAUUUGCCACAACUUUAUUUGACACAUCAAUGAAAUUUUAAUGCAACUUAGGUAACCAGAAUAGAAUUGAAAGAACUGCUUGAGCUUUUAUUAUGGGUAGGAGGAAUUAUAUUUAUUUAAUUUGUAUGCAGACAAUUGUGUAUGGAAUUUUUGCUCUGAUUUUGUUAUCUUAUUUUCUUAUACUUUAACACUAAAGUAAUCUGUAUAAACAUUCAGCCAGCUUUAUGCACAAGAUACAUGUGGCAGUAAAAGACCUUUAUUCAUGUAACUAAAUUAAGUACCAACAAGGCAUCAUCAUUUUGCAAAUGUUUAACUUUUCUUAAAACAGAAGGAAUGAUUAUAACAGCCGAGACAGAGAAAUAGUCAACGUUAUCUGAGGCGGCUAAUUUUCCUGUGUGGCCAGAUAGUUUCUGUUUUGCAACAUUUUGAGUGUGUGUGUGUCUGUGUGUGUGUGUGUGUGUGUGUGUGUGUGUACCAUUUUGCAGGCUUGUUUUUUAAUUCAUUAUUUUUUCUGUCCAGAUAAUGUUACAUAUCGUAUAUUUUAACAUUUGCAUAUAAACUUCGUGAUCUUUUGCAGUGAAUGUAGGAAAUAUACAAGUGUUGAACGAUUGUCUGUUUAGUUUCUCUCUCCCCCCCCCUUUUUUUUUUUUUUUUUGUGUUUGAUUUUUGGAUAAUGACCUAUUAUUAGUAUUAUUCUCUUGCUUGCCACUCAAGUAUAGCCCUCACUGCAAUGAGCCAAUUUUCCUGAUAUUUUUUAUCUCCUCGAAGUUGCUUAAUGAAAAGUUAAGACAAUAGAAAUGUUUAGUCCUAUUUGAAGUACUGGAUAGCUGUAUACUGAAGGGAAAAUCCAAAAUGUAGGAAUAUGUCCUUUAUUGCUUACUCUUUGAGAUUGCAGAUGCUAGACUUGUUAUAUUGUAAUUAAAGAUUAAAUAACCCAUUUUCCUAUGCGACAAUAAAUUUGUGUAUAAAUUUCUGCUGAUCUACUGUAAUAGAAUUCAUGAGUGUAGAGCAGUUUAGAUCGCAAAAUUUCAAAUUAAUUAGGUAGGUAAUGACGUGUGUGACUUGAGAAAGUAUUAAGAAAAGAAAUCCCAGCAUUUGAGUGAUGACAGAGACAGAAUAAAUAGUUAAUAGGUCAUCCAAAACAAGUAGCUCUAUUAAAUGGGCUUUUUCUUUAAUUAUUUUCAAUUAAAGAAGAAAAUAUUGAUUAUAAUCCUUCCUGUUGCAUGGAGUUCUUGGUGUGUCUUGCAGAUCCUUGAUUGAUUUUUUUUUUUUUUCUGCUGCUGCUUGCUCGUACCCAAGGAAUUAGGGCAAGAGGUGUGUUGUUUACUUCAAUUUAAAUAUUUUGAUUUUCAUUAUUGUUAUUUAAUUUGAUUAAAGAUUUUUUUGUGAAUUGCAUGUUGUUAAGUUCACAGUGUUUGAGCAUUGAUAAUUUCCAUAGUAACAAAUUGUAGGUUAAGUAAGAAGAAAAAAAACCCACAAAGUUACACUGUGUAAAUGUUUAUUUUCUGCAUUUUUUUUGGCUUCACAUGUACAUGUGACAAAAUAUAGGUAAAAACUCAAGAAAGUGUACUUGCUGUGGAGUGCAGUGAUAUUUUCUUUUGCUGCCACAUUUUUACCCAGUGAUGCCAAUCAGUAUUUAUCUUCAGCUAAUUUCAAUGAAUUAUUGGGUACUGUCUUCAGUAUUAAGACUCAGGAUACAUUCCUUGAUGUCUUCAAUAAUGAUUGGUACUUUGGCAUAAGAUUUCAGGUGUACAUUUUUUAGAUUUUAAUCUCACCCACUCCUGAAAAUUCUGUUGCUUCACUGUUUGUCAUCUGAGUGGCAUAUAAUUACUAGCAUGCGACUGAGUAUAUACUUUAAAUCACUAAAGACACUUUAGUGAGUUUUUACAAUACAUAUUUUCAUGUUUUCAUGUUUUAUCGUACAAUAUACGUGUGCUAAUGAAUGCCAACUGUAUGUAUAAUGUACUUUGAUAUGAUAGUAUAAUUGUAUGAAGGAAUGGCACAGUUCUAAAGGAACACAUUGGGUCAUUUAUAUAAUAGGAUCUGAGAUAUGUAGCCUGCUGUACACUUUUUUUGAAUAAAUGUGUAUCUCUAUGAGAAAAAAA